GCUCUUCCUCACAACACGACCUCUGAACCGGAAGUAGUCGACUGUUUAGCUGCUAAGGAUGUCGUAGCAUGGUGCUAUGUUUAUAGGUAUCACAAUACCGCUUCAAUUGAUGUCAUGACAAUUGGGUCAGAAUGACAUUUGAUUAAAACAAAUAUUUGAACCUAAUUUUGCACAGCAGUGAAGGCCUUUAUGUCCAGUUGGAGGGAGUGGGACGUCAACAGUUUUAAUCCAAGAACAAACCUAGCCCCAGCUGAGGAAGAUUCCCCUCCAAGAUGUCGGACAUGAUGUUAAACCUGGACUGUUCUGGCAGCAGUGGACCCUGUAAGGACUCAUCGGGAAGCAACAAACACAAGGCAUUUAUCGACAGGCGGCGACUCUUGGAGAAAAAGGGUUACCUCAACAAGAAGCAGAACCAGCACUAUCAAAGACAGGGGAAUAAACAUCAGGGCCCACCUCCCAGGGCCAAUCGGCCGUCUCAACCCAAUGCUGCACACAACAAAAGCUCUGCUCACACUCAGAAUACUCACAGUAAAAGUUCAUAUCACAUACCCAGUUCAGAGCAUGCCAGAGGUGUUGCUUCCAAGCCUGCAUCAUCCACAAGCAGCUCAACAUCCUUGACCAUUACUGUGAAGAAUUCCACCAAUCCUGAGCAAUCCACUUCGACUAUCACCCCGGGGCACCAACCCCCACCCACCAGGGCUGUUGCACACUGCGCCCCUGUCCCAAGAGGGUCAGCCCCCUUUUGUAACCCCCUGAAGUACCUUGCCAUGGACUGUGAGAUGGUUGGCACGGGCCCCAAGGGUCGCAACAGUGAGCUGGCACGAUGCAGUAUUGUCUCCUAUGAUGGAGACGUGGUGUAUGACAGGUACAUCAAGCCCACCAACGCAGUCACUGACUACCGGACUCGUUGGAGUGGCAUCUCCUGGCAUCAACUGGUCAAAGCCAUGCCAUUUCAACAUGCCAGGAAGGAGAUUCUAAAGAUCCUUGCAGGAAAGGUGGUAAUAGGGCAUGCUGUCCACAAUGACUUCAAAUCCCUAAGUUACAAUCACCCUGCUGUCUUAACGCGGGACACCUCCCGCAUUCCUCUCCUCAACCAGAAGGCUGGUUUUCCAGAGAAAGAUGUUGCCUCACUGAAAAGACUCACCAAGGCCCUGUUCAACCGCAACAUCCAGCUUAUGUUAUUUUGUAGUAAGAAGAAAUUCCCCUUGUGUUCUCAGACUGGGAAGAAGGGGCACUCGUCUGUGGAGGACGCCAAAGCCACCAUGGAACUGUACAAAGUUGUGGAGGUGGAGUGGGAGAGGACCUUAGCCUCCAAAUAAAAAAAAGCCAGUUAAAGCCUGUAUGGACUGAACUGGUGAACGGGUUGAGAGAUGGUAUGGACGUAUCAUUUUUAACAUUCAGAAAUCACUAUCAGGUCUUCCACUUCUCACCUCAGCCACUUUUGUCUAUUUUUCUACUUCUGUAA